AUGUCAGUCCGUCCCAGGGAAGGCGAUCUGAAUGUCCGCGCAGGCUUCAUCUUCGAGUCGGAGAGGUACAACUACAAGCUGGAGGAGCUGAUUGGCGAUGGUGGUUAUGGACAAGUGUAUGAGGCAGACGCCAUCUCAAAGGGAAAAAAGCAGGACACAAAGCGACUCGCGGUCAAGCUGGAGCGACGUUCAGGAGCAACCGACAUCGAGGCCCGCGUGCUCGAAACAGCAAAGGAUAAGAACUGCCGCCACAUUCCAAAGAUUUUUGACAAUGGGGUCAUUCAGAGUCGAGGCUGCUCAUUCAUUGCGAUGGAGCUUAAGGGACGCGACCUGUACAGACUGCGAAAGGACCGGAACAAUGGCAGUUUCACACUCGGGACAGCUGUGCGUGUUGCUCUUGUCACUCUUGAGGCCAUCAGGGAACUCCAUGAAGUAUGCGGCUUCAUUUCAAGGGAUAUCAAGGCAGGGAACUUUGUCACAGGACAAACGACAAGCGACGACAUUCGCAACAUCUAUCUGAUUGACUUCGGCCUGUGUCGGAGGUACAAGGACGCGGUGUGUGCCUCAGCAGUUCUUCCUUUCAAUAAUUUCUUUUUUCAGAAUAACAACAUCAUCGCCGCCAGACAAGAUGUUGGAUGGAGAGGGACGACUCGAUAUGGCUCGCGGAGUGCUCAUCAACACCAGGACUUGGCGCGGAGGGAUGACGUCGAGAGCUGGUUCUACAUGAUUGUUGAGAUGACAAAGGGAUCGCUCCCAUGGUCAGCAGAGAGAGAUCGGGCCGCAGUCUACAACGCAAAACUGGCAGCACUCAGCAACCUGGACGACUUCCUUAACGGCUGCCCUCAAGGCUACAGGGAGCUGAUUGGUCCCAUCAUCAAACUCAAAUUCGAGGAUGCACCUGCCUACAAGGAGAUGGCCAGGGUGCUUGAGAGGGUAAUUUAUCGGUCAAAUAAUCAGUUUCUUAAUUCAUUUUGCAGAUAA